CGCUCCGAGAGCAAGUGAGGCGCUAGGCAGCCCUGAGGCCUUGAGGAAUCGCGAGAGGUCACUGGGCCCUCAAAGCCAGGACGUCCUACAAACCACAAGCCCCAGCACUGGCAGAAGUCCUCGCUCCCCUGGAGAAAGCUCGUUUCCGGCGCCUUUAAACCAGGAAGUACUGGCUGCGUCCAAUCCUGGCCCUUCUUUCGCACUUCGUCUUAGCGCCCGUUCCUGGCCGGGGUAGCGCGAGGAAAGCAGUCCGCGGUUACCAAUCAGGUCUCAGGCGCAUGCGUUGUCGAAGGAAGGAGGGUCUUCAAAGCUUCACCUAUCUCCAAAGGCAGAUGUGAAGAGCUUGAUCUCUUAUGUGAUGACCAAGACAAAAGUGAUUAGUGGGAAGUACCAUCGUUUCUUGGGUCGUCAUUUCCCCCGCUUCUAUGUCCUGUACACAGUCUUCAUGAAAGGAUUGCAGAUGUUAUGGGCUGAUGCCAAAAAGGCUAGAAGAAUAAAGACAAAUAUGUGGAAGCACAAUAUAAAGUUUCAUCAACUUUCAUACCGGGAGAUGGAGCAUUUGAGACAGUUCCGUCGAGAUGUCACCAAGUGUCUUUUCCUAGGUAUUGUUUCCAUUCCACCCUUUGCCAACUACCUGGUCUUCUUGCUAAUGUACCUGUUUCCUAGGCAGCUACUGAUCCAACAUUUCUGGACCCCGAAGCAACAAAUUGAUUUCUUAGAUAUCUAUCAUGCUCUCCGGAAGCAGUCUCACCCAGAAAUCAUUUGUUACUUAGAAAGUGUUAUCCCUCUCAUUUCUGAUGCUGGACUCCGGUGGCAUAUGACAGAACUGUGCACUAAGAUACAGCAUGGUACCCACCCAGCGAUACAUGAAAUCCUGGCUCUGAGAGAAUGUUUCUCCAACCAUCCUCUGGGCAUGAACCAACUCCAUGCUUUGCAAAUGAAAGCCUUGAGCCGAGCCAUGCUUCUCACACCUUAUCUGCCUUCUCUCUUGUUGAGACACCGCUUGAAGACUCACACCAUUGUGAUUCACCAGUUGGACAAGGCUUUGGCAAAGCUGGGGAUUGGCCAGCUAUCUGCUCAGGAAGUCAGAUCGGCUUGUUACCUUCGUGGCCUGAAUUCUAUGCAUAUUGCUGAAGAGAGGUGUCGAACUUGGCUGGGAGAAUGGCUGCAGAUUUCCUGCCGCCUAAAAGAAGCUGAGCUGUCCCUUUUGCUACACAACGUGGUCCUGCUUUCCACCAACUACACUGGGAUAAGGCGCUGACUGGACAUGGAGUGGAUGGCAUUGUCCUGCAGUCACAUAGCACAGCUGCGAGGGACCAAACAGCACUUGUCACAAAGUCUGCGCACUUAGGUGUGCGGGAGCAGAGGAGCGGGUGCCACAGGCUUCCCAGUGUGGUACCCACGUGGGAGCUGGAACUGAACAAACCCUUCCCCGGGGUGGCCCAGGUGAGGUGUCAUCCCAGCUUCCUCAGAAUUGGUAGCAGCCUUUUCUGGACUUUUACUGUGUUGUCUUACAUUAGGAUCAUAGGAAGUAAGCUUUUGCCCCAGGUAGGAAUCCUCAGUGGCCUAGGACUGCUCCACUGCCAUAUUCUUUACAGCCGUGUUUUUGUUUAAAGACUGGCUGGUGAGGGGAACAGCACUACUUAACCUGGAGCGUUUAGCUGCAUGCAUGCACUUGGAUACGCCCCUCAAUCCUGGUACUACCAAAAGUUUUUUUCCUUAUCCCCAAGGCAAGCACUCCUUUGAUCACCUUAACUUUUGUUUUUUAACAAACAACUUUCUAAUGGAAAAGAUAAAGGAAAUACAGGCAUUUCUUGACCCUUUCCCCAGCAUUUAUAGCCUUUACUCAAAACUCUUUGCUACCUCCACUGUGUCGCAGCAUUCCAACUGCAACUGACAGUGGCUGCCUUCUUUGGGCCAUGGAGUAAACCUGUAAGGUACUAAUUAUUGCCUACCCCAGGAGACCAGGAAAGGUGUGCAACAAGAUGAGGAAGUUGAGUUUAGCUUUUGUCUAUGUACAUCAGUGACCUGUAGUAACUUACUGUAAAUGCAUGAAGCACUGUCCUUAAACCCAAGUAAAGACUGCCUGAAACCAGUUGCUGGAAAUUA